AUGCCCAACUGGGACCGCCCUGCCAAGGUCGGCCACAGAAAGUCGAGGAAUGGCUGUCUGAAGUGCAAGGCACGUCGGGUCAAGUGCGAUGAGCUUCAGCCCGCCUGUACGAACUGUACCCGUCUCCGUUUCGACUGCACAUGGCCUGAACACGCCCUCAGGCCCAUGCAAGCACGGUGGUCUUACGACCAAAACCCGUUCGCCCAGCUCGACGAUGACCAGGGCAUCAGCCUGCCCGAGUCCAAGGCCCGCCGCAUGUUAGAGCACCGCCUCCUGCAGAACUGGUACCAAAACUUGAACAGGCAGUUCCCCAUGUAUCCGCACGAUGACUGGCGCGACGUGUGGGUCGUCCAUAUUCCCCGUCUCAGCCUCCAGCAUGAGAACAUGCUGCACGCUAUGCUCGCCACCUCGGCAACCAACCUGCUCAGCUCGCACAGCACCGAUAGGGACCUCUUCGCCGCCAGACAGAGUUAUAUCAUCUCGGCCCUGUCUGCCCAGCGCCGCGAGGUGCAGAAACUCUCGGCCGAGAACGCCGAAGCCGUGUGCAUGGGCUCUCUGCUCAUCUCCAUCACCUCCUUCGCCAUGCUUAGAGAGCGCAGUCUAGACCCCUACCAGCCGCCUAUGGAGUGGCUCCAGCUCGGCCGUGGCGCCGGCACCGUCAUCUGGCAGAGCGUCGAGGCCAUCGUCUCAGACGCCAAAGAGGGUGAAUACCCCGCCCUGAUGACCGUCGCCACGGCAUAUCCCCACUUUGGUAGGGACCAGAGCUAUUUCAGCCCAGAGAUGCGGCGGGACUUCAACAACGUCCUCACGCAACGCGUUGCCUCGGGGGAUGACUGGAAUGACGAGGAGACCAGAGAGGCCUACGAAAAGACGUUGAGCUACGUUGGGAGCAUCCAGAAGGGCAUAAACGAUGGCGAGCCCAUCUACGCCCUCACCAGACGAAUCCAAACUUUUGCUCUGAUCAUACCGCCGCGGUUCGUCGGUCUACUGAGCCUGCAGAGGCCAAGGGCGCUGGUCGUCCUGGCGCAUUUCUGGGCAACCGUCUCACAGGUGCACAAUGUCUGGUGGCUCGGCGGAAUAUCCCCUGAUGACGAGGAUUCCACGGCAAAACGAGAGAUCCGGGCCAUCAAAACGGUCCUCCCAAAAGAAUGGCUGCCAGCGAUGCUCUGGCCUUUAGACCGAGUCAAUCUGAGGGACGAUGUUGUCAUCUGA